UAAGCUUGGUUCAGCUCUAUGCCGUUUCCCUACUAACUGCUUCGUGUUCGCUUCUUACACGAGACCACACGAGACGAGUCACGAGAACGAGAAUCGAGAGUCGUGUCGCGAGUGGUCGUGAGCGAACACGAGCGAACGCUUGAAAAGAAUUUUCUGCCUGAGGAUGGCCGCGAUGCUGUCCAACUGUUCGCGGCUUGUGCCUCGUGCAAUAACGCGAAUUAGUAUAUCACGAACGAAGGUUGUGAGGUCGUUUAGUAGUCAAGGGCGCAUACUAUUUAUCCACACCGAACAUGUGGUCAACAAGAAUUCUCAAUUGUGUACAAAAUAUAAGAGAUUACAAUGUUGGGCAGACCAGGCAAGACACAUACGUUCAACAGCUUCGUUAUGGGAAAUAAGGGAAGUUGUAGUACCCGCGUUUGCAGAAAGUGUAAGCGAGGGAGAUGUAAGAUGGGAAAAGAAAGUUGGCGACCAAGUAAAAGAAGAUGACGUUCUGUGUGAGAUUGAAACGGAUAAGACUUCAGUUCCUGUACCAUCGCCUGGCGGGGGUGUUAUUAAAGAAUUAUUUGUCAAAGACGGCGAUACUGUAAAACCUGGACAAAAAUUGUGUACCAUUGACAUUGGUGCUACCGGUGGAACUGCACCAGCAGCAGAAGCUCAAAAACCUGCUGCUGCACCUCCACCUCCUCCGCCACCUUCUCCUCCUACGUCUUCGGCAACUCCUCCUCCUCCUCCUCCACCACCACCACCACCACCGCCACCAUCGGCUGUACCGCCUCCAGCUGCUAAGCCUCCUCCACCACAAGCACCUGCAGCCUCGAUGCCAGUUGCUGCGAUUAAACAUGCACAGUCUCUGGAAGGUGCCAAAGUUCAGUUGCCACCAGAUGAUUAUACACGGGAAAUAAUUGGCACAAGGACAGAGCAGCGUGUGAAAAUGAAUAGAAUGCGACUACGCAUUGCGGAACGAUUAAAAGAUGCUCAAAAUACGAACGCUAUGUUAACAACGUUUAAUGAAAUUGAUAUGAGUCGCCUGAUGGAAUUUCGUAAAACAAAUCAGGAAAGCUUCACUAAAAAAUACGGUUUGAAGCUUGGAUUUAUGAGUCCAUUUAUUGCAGCAAGUGCCUAUGCUUUGAAAGAACAACCGGUAGUGAAUGCUGUAAUAGACGGCACUGACAUAGUUUAUAGAGACUACGUCGACAUCAGCGUUGCAGUUGCAACGCCGAAAGGUCUCGUCGUACCAGUACUUCGUAGCGUCGAGAGUAAGAACUUCGCUGAAAUUGAAAUCGCUUUAGCAGCAAUUGGUGAUAAAGCAAGGAAAGGUAAAAUAUCUGUCGAAGAUAUGGAUGGCGGAACAUUCACAAUAAGUAAUGGCGGUGUCUUCGGUUCUCUCAUGGGAACACCUAUUAUUAAUCCACCACAAAGUGCAAUUCUUGGCAUGCACGCUGUAUUUGAUAGACCUGUUGCAGUAAAGGGCGAGAUCAAAAUUCGUCCAAUGAUGUACGUAGCUUUGACGUAUGAUCACCGAUUGAUCGAUGGACGUGAAGCUGUAUUGUUCUUAAGGAAGAUCAAGGACGCUGUGGAAGAUCCCAGAAUUAUCUUAGCCGGCCUUUAAGCACCGUAAACAUUUUCACUGAAUCGCUUAAAAUAAUACGUCUCUCGUCACUACUAAAACAUUUUUGAACACAUUGUAUUAUAUUCUGUUCAUCUAGGCUUUUACUUAUAAAUCGAAGAUACUCCUGAAUACACGUACCGACCAUUGUGAUAAGGGGAAGUAAGGAAAAAUAUCACACGAAUACAAAACUAACAUUUGAAUCGUUUUUACUUUAAAACUUUUAUCAUAUUAUCAUAGUAUUACCUUAGUUAGCUCAUAUUUCAGUAUUCAAAUUCAAGAUUUCCGUGACACACAUGCUGCGACAUAAUUAAACCAAUAUUUUUCUUUCGUUGCAGUUGCUCCGCUCUAAGAGCUGCACAUAAAGAAUCAUAUUGGUAUAAAAAAAACAAAUAUAUAUUUUAACAUUCUUGUGGCGAAAAUUUAGAACACAGUUUGUAAGAAUUGAAAUAUAAAGAACAAAGGAAAUGCACUAUUAAAUAUCUUUGAAUUACAAUGACAAAAUAAGAGUACAAUGGAAGAAAUUUACGACGUUUCAUCAGAGGUGUGGAAUUCAAUUUUUUGCCUUCCGAAAUAUUAUUUAUUGUAUAAGCGGUAUAUAUUUAUUUCUCGCGUCGUUUAUAUUGCUGGACAAUAUGUUUUUGUUACUACAAUUUUACGUGUUCUUACAUUCUUUAAACAUGAGGAUAACAUCAACCACGAGAGUCGGUAAUAAUCAUUUCAUUGUUUUCUAAAAAUGUAUUUUUAUUUGGAUGACUUUGAUCAGCGAAGUGUUAGUCAAAACGUGGAAAUGUUAGUCAAAAUAAUUAGAGGAUACUUUAUUGCAAGGAUAAGUGUAUCAAGAUAAUUGAAAUAAAAUUUCACGAAUCUGUAUCUUGUCAACAUUGUUGAAGCAGAAAAAUCAACUAACUAGAAAUUCGUUUUUACAUUUUCUGCACACAUCUUCUAUCCAUCGGUUUCUUUUAGCGAGGUAAAUACUUUGCACUUGAUCGUAACUAUUGUCGAAUGCAACCGUGUAAAUUAUUGUUGUUAAAUAAAAGAGAAAGUAAUAUUAAA